AUGCAGUCUCCGUCACUUCAUCGUUUUACAACUUUGCUUUGGACAGCUUCACAGCUCGAAAUCCGCCGCCUUGCAAAGAGUCACGACGGCUGUGCGUGCACGUGCACUUCGACCGUCCCUUUUGGAUGCUUGUUUGAAUACAGUUUUCGUCUUCCUAUAAUAAAAAACUCUUCUGUUUCUUUUCGUGGUGUCGUGAUCAUGACGACGCUGGCGAACCCCAAUCCGACUGUCUUCGAGCCGACGGCCGAUGCCCUGCACGGGCGCACCGCCGCGGAGCGCACCGCCGAGGACGACGACGGCGUCGACGACCCAAUCGACGCGUACGAGGUAUUCGAAAUGAUCCGUCGCAUCCGUGACCCUGAGCACCCCAACUCGCUGGAACAGCUGAAAGUGGUCGAGCCCUCCCUUAUCACGGUGGACUGGCGGAAGCGCCACAUUAAGGUGCUCUUCACUCCGACCGUCCCGCACUGCAGCCUCACGACGCUCAUUGGUCUCAGCAUCCGCCUGCAGCUGGACCGGUCACUGCCGGAGUUUACCAAGGUGGACAUUUACGUGACGCCCGGCACGCACGAGCAGGAGGCGCAGGUGAACAAGCAGCUGAACGACAAAGAGCGGGUGGCUGCUGCGCUGGAGAACCGCAGCUUGCUGAGCGUCGUGGAGUCGUGCCUGAACGAGUUUGAUGAGUAG